UAUGUUUCAGGUUCUAGUUCUUCACAGGAUCCUCCGGUAACAACUGUGAUGACAACAGUGGCUUUGACACCUACUCCCAAUCAACCUACUGAUGCUGCUGCUGUCGCUACUACUGUUUCUCAUCCUGGUACCACUACUACAUCUGUUGAUAGUACUCUUGCAAAGACUGAAGCCUCCGUUAGAACAACGCCUCUUGCUACUACCAUUGCUGGUCCACCAGGCACAGUUACCACAUCAUCAAAUAAAGUACCCACCGCAGCAUCAUCAACUAUUGUACCUGAUAAAGUAACAAGCUCAUCAGCAGGUCAUGUAACAUUCACAAAACAGCCAGCCACCUCUCUAACAGUGACAACAAUUAGUCAAUAUAGUGCUAGCCCAGCAGGCAACUCUGUUACAUCACCAUCUGGCUCGCCUAAACAACCUGAAAGAACUGGUACAACAGAAGCUUCCCAGAUAAGCAACGCUACGAAAGGAGACAUGAAAACUACAGCUUCAUCUAUAGUCACUGAAGCCACAACGCAUAGCCGAGUUGCUGAUCUUCCCAAAGGCACUAUGAUAACUACACCAGCCUUAAGUUCAUCAGCAUCUCCACCUUCAAAGACAGCGUCCCCCACCACAGCAGGCGUGACACAACAGAUUAUGACCACUACGUCUGCGACAGCUAAGCUCCCAAGCAGCUCUUCUUCAGUUCCAUCAACAGCAACUGAUUUACCUACUCCUGAGGAGUUCACAUCAAAGAAGACCACUGAGACUAAUAAAGUAAAAAGACCGCUGAAAAAUAUUGAGGUGAAAUGCACAAACAUAACAACCCAGGAAUCCUAUGUGAAGAUAAACAUUAAAGGCUCAGCAAUUUGUGAUACUGACAGUAUGCACACAGCAGAUGGACAUCCAACAGGAGACACAAUAUCCCUGCUUGUAUGCAAGGCUUUAAAAACCAGGAUACCAAGAAAACCAAGAUAAAUGUUUUAUUCGGCUGGCCAGGAAUCAUGAAAAUCUAUUGGUCAUUGCUGAAGCUUUCAUUGAAAGUCACCUCGAGCCAAAAGAAUUGUAUACACAACUGAAAAAAAAUGGGGAUAAUUCAUAUUUGUUCAGUUUUGAUGGGGCAGACUCAGAAGAUGUAGAUGUGGUGAGCAUUCCCCUCAUAAGUGCCAUUGUCAGUUUGGCUGUGCUUUUGCUAAUCAUCGCAGCUGCUUAUGGAUGCUGGCACCAGAGAAAGGCUCGUAAGAGAGAACAGAGACUCACCGAAGAGCUCCAGACCAUGGAAAACGGUUACCAUGAUAAUCCAACCCUGGAAGUCAUGGAGACCUCUCCAGAGAUGCAGGAAAAGAAGGGUGGCCCUAAUGGAGAACUUGGGGACAGCUGGAUUGUUCCACUUGACAACCUAACAAGAGAGGAUUUAGAAGAAGAAGAGGACACACAUUUAUAA